AUGCGGAAUUUCCAGUUUGAGCGCUCAGUGAGUCAGACUCCGCCGCCUGUUGAGACUCUCUGUGUGGCUAUCGAGCGGAAACCCUUGAUGGUGGCUUCAUUUCAUCGUCGUUGCUCGUCGUGUGUGGAUCCGAGAUUCCGGAAAGGCAUGUUAGUUCCGGAGUGGAUACUAUUGUUCGUCCCAUUGAUCGCCGUGGCCGGUGGCCAGCUGCUGCCGGAGAACGCCUGCCCGCAGUACUUCCAGUAUGUGAACGAUGCCUUCAGUGGCCUCCAGGGCGAGGUGACGCUGCCGGGCCUGACGCGGGGUCGCAACCGCAUCGAUCUGCGCCUCACGCAGCGGGGUGAUCAUGAUGCCUCCACCGUGGGCGGUCUAAGCCCCUAUCCGGAUGAGAGCACAGCCCGGUCCGGCAACGGGCCUUCGCGAUUCCGGCUCUACCUAAGACCGGACCCCACAACUGGCCUGCUGCCCAAGCUGUCGCGUCUCUCCUACAACGACCAGUUGCUCUGCUCGGCCAGCGAAUAUGGUCCGCCAAACAGUUUCUUCAAUCGAUUCUACGAGAUUCAAAUAAGUGGAUCGCUGGCCCCGCUGCCCGCCAGUUCUUCGGGAUUCAUUCCGUUUCCCAGAGAUGGCUUUGAUGUGGAUGUACAGAGCAUAUUCUACCCCUCCGGUGUUAGCAGUAGCAACGAUGUCUGGUCCAGCUUCACUAGCAAUAGAAGGCCACAAACGCAGGUGUUUUGGCAGACGCCAGUGAACAUCAUUCCACCUAGCAGGAGACCUGUCGUGACGGUUAUUCCACCACCAGAACCUGUGCCCAGCAUCCCCAGUGCUGCUCCACCGCCACCCACUGCUUCCACCACUGUUGCUCCUGCUGCCACACCUUCUGCUCCUCCUCCAUCAGUUCGCUUCAAUCCGCGAUCGCCUUCGGAGCAGGAGAUCUGUGGAGCGGAGGGCAGCACUACUCCGUUCAUCCACAACGGCCAGGAGUUUCCCCGCGGCCGUUAUCCCUGGCUGGCAGCCUUGUUCCACAAGACCCCAGCGCUGGAGUUUAAGUGCGGCGGUUCCCUGCUCUCGGCCAGCAUCGUCAUCACCGCCGCUCACUGUGUCCACAAGGUGUCCGAGACCCGGGUGGUCAUUGGUCUGGGGCGCUAUGAUUUGCUGGACUACGCCGAGGAUGGGGCUGAGAUGCGGAAUGUCCGCAAGAUGGUCUGGCAUCCAGAGUACAAUACUCGGGUGCUAUCCGAUGCGGACAUUGCUCUGGUCACAAUGGUGCGGCCCGUGGUGUUCAACGACAUCAUCGGACCCAUUUGCCUGUGGACGGCGGAGGCGAGUGCCACGGUGGCCACUUCCGGUAGCAUAGCCGGCUGGGGCACAGACGAGGCGGGCAACCUGCCCACCAAGUACCCCCGGGUUGUGGAGGCACGCAUUGCCACCGCCACGGACUGUGCCAGCACGUGGCGAGCGACGGCGGUCACGGAUCGCACAUUGUGCGCCGGCAACAUGGAUGGAUCUGGGCCAUGUCUGGGUGACUCUGGCGGCGGACUGAUGGUGCGCCGGGGCAGUCGCUGGAUGCUGAGGGGUAUCGUGUCCUCCGGUGAGCGGGAUCCGGCCGGCUCCUGCAAACUGACCCAGUAUGUGCUAUACUGCGACCUGUCCAAGCACCUCGAGUGGAUCAAUGACAAUAUCAGAUAGUCCGGAUUGUACGCUCAAGCAAUUAGAUUAAAUACACCCUCUCCCCUUUAA